AACGUAGACAAGAACCGCCCCCCACCCACCCCUUGAGAGGAUAACAUUACGCAACUUCACAGCUCCAUCUACCCCACAGAGGCGCGCGUUUUCCAGACAGAAGUCAUCUAAGAGGAGAAGAGGAAAACAUGUCGUGCGCCAAGAUCGUGUCAGCUCUUGCUCGGGCGAAUAAUGCCUCCGGCAAAUUUCGCCUUUGUUAUAGGAGAUGCAGGUCCACAGUGGCGUCCACCAAGAACCAGCAUUUGGAGAAAGAGCAGGAUGAAUGCGCCGUGGUGGAGGCUGACCCCGUGGAACUCAUCAGCCAGAGCAGAAACACAUCAAAAGAUGGACAAAAGCUGAGCAAAAUCCAUAUAGACUUCAACAACACAGAGGAAGCUUAUAAAAGUAAGGACAACAUCGAGCUGCUGAGGAGCCUGUUGGUCUUCAAGCUUUGCACCGUAGAUAUGCUUGUGGAGAAGAACAAGGAGUUAAUGGAGCUGAGCAAGAAGCUGCUGGGUCAGCGGCUGUUUGAGAAGCUGAUGAAGAUGACCUUCUACGGGCAGUUUGUGGCCGGGGAAGACCACAACGCCAUCAAACCCCUCAUAAAGAAGAACCAGGCCUUUGGCGUUGGCGCCGUGCUGGACUACAGCGUGGAAGAGGACUUGACACAAGAGGAGGCCGAGAGGAAAGAGAUGGAUUCAUGUGUGUCUCAAGCAGAGAAAGAAAGUCCAGAUGCUGAACACCGUGAGAAGAAGUACAAGGCCCAUCGGCAGUUUGGGGACAGGCGCGGGGGUGUCAUCAGUGCCCGCACGUACUUCUACGCGGACGAGGUCAAAUGUGACAACCAAAUGGAAACGUUCAUCAACUGCAUCAAAGCCUCUGGUGGUGCUUCUGCAGAUGGCUUUUCGGCCAUCAAAAUGACAGCCUUGGGACGCCCACAGUUCCUUCUCCAGUUUUCUGAGGUCUUGGUCAAAUGGAAGCAGUUCUUUAAAUUCCUGGCAGCCCAACAAGGCAAAUCAGAAAUGACGGCGUUGGAGCAAAAACUGGAGCCGGAAGAACUCAAGGAAAGUUUGACCAGGCUGGGUGUUGCUGCCAAGGACGUCAUUGAAAACUGGUUCACUGGAGAGAAGCUGGGUCUGUCGGGAACCAUAGAUCUGCUGGAUUGGAACAGUUUGAUAAAUGAUACAACCAAUAUCUCCAAUCUUCUUAUGGUGCCAAACCUUGAGACGGGCAAGCUGGAACCUCUGCUGAGCACAUUUACAGCUGAGGAAGAGCGCCAAAUGAAGCGAAUGCUGCAAAGAGUGGACGUUCUAGCUAAUUAUGCCAUGGAGAACGGCGUACGACUCAUGGUGGACGCCGAGCAGACGUACUUCCAGCCAGCCAUCAGUCGCCUGACGCUGGAAAUGCAGAGGAAGUUCAACAGAGAGAAGCCAAUCAUAUUCAACACCUAUCAGUGCUACCUGAAGGAGGCUUAUGACAACGUGACAGUGGAUGUGGAGCUGUCGCGCAGGGAGGGCUGGUACUUUGGUGCCAAGCUAGUCCGCGGUGCCUACAUGUACCAGGAAAGGGCCAGAGCUGAGGAGAUUGGCUACGAGGACCCGAUAAACCCGGACUACGAGGCCACCAAUAGGAUGUACCACAAGUGCUUGACGUACUUGCUGGAGGACAUCGAGCACAGCCGCAAAGCAAACAUCAUGGUUGCCACUCAUAACGAGGACACAGUGAAAUUCACUUUGGAAAUGAUGAACGAGAUGGGCCUUUCACCCACUGAGAAUAAAGUCUACUUUGGACAGCUGCUCGGCAUGUGUGACCAGAUCAGCUUCCCGCUGGGUCAAGCGGGUUUCCCGGUCUACAAAUACGUCCCCUACGGGCCGGUCAAUGAGGUCAUCCCGUAUUUAUCCCGCCGUGCUCAGGAGAACCGCGGCUUCAUGAAGGGCUCGCAGAGAGAGCGCAGCCUGCUGUGGAAGGAGCUGAAGCGCAGGCUGCUGGGGGGGCAGAUCCUCUACCGGCCCAUCUACUGAGUCACAUGAUGGCCUCGGGCAUUCCUCCAUCUUGACUUUUGACUCACUACACUGUUAACUCUUUUUUUUUUUAGAGUUGGAUUAACAUUAUUUUUUCCACUUAGAGAGGUGUUUAUUGCCAUCAUAUACUAUCUGGUGAAAAUAAUGUAUCUCCACUUGUGUUUAAAAAACAAUACAAGCGUAACACUAAUUGUAGAUAGUAAUGUUUGAUAAUAAAGGUAAUAAGUUGUUUAGAUGUUGAUUAGUAAACAUUAUAAGACUUAAUAAACUGCUCUAAGGCAUUAGCCAAGAAGAGCUAGAGCUUGCCAAAUAGUGAUGCCCACUCAUAAAAAGGUAACUAAGGUCCUUAUUAAGUAUAUUAAAUCAUUAAUAAGCAAUUCGGAACGACCUACAACGUGUCAGCAGGCUUACAAAAGGUUGGCUCACUACUUGGCAAGAGACGCUGCCACAGUUUAUGUAGUAGAGUUACUGUAUGUUCUUUAAUACUGUAUAUACUAGUAUGCGCUAUCUAUUAUGUAAUACUGUGGUCAUUUGGAGGUUGGAGCCAAUGUAAAGUGGCAAAAUAACAUCAUAGUAUAAAUAAUAUAAUUAAUGAGGAGCUACGAAAAUAAGGGGUAACUAUUAAAUGGUGGCGUUGUAAAAUGGUAGCAAGAAAGGUUUAAAACCCUGUAAAUGAAUGCAUGUAAAGGGGAACAGAUGAUUUAUCUGUCUAAUUGAACUGUGUGCCUUUGAUCAAUUAUUUAUCUGAAACUUACUGUACUGUAGUGUGUUUUGUAUACUCUUAUCUUGCGUAGAACUGUCACUCCAAAGUGCCUUGAAAGAUUGUUUUACAUGAUUUAUGAGAGACAGUCAGCUAUUACCUGCAACUGGUUUGUUUUGUAUUGUAGCCCAGCUGUGUAAUUAUGGCGGUUUAAAUUGUACAGAAACAAAGCAAAGAUUUGUAUGGUUCUUUAUUAUCAUUAUCAACCAAGUCAGCAUCAGCAACUUUUUUUUUUUGUUCUGUCUGUGUUUCAAUGAUUAGCGACUUGUUGCUAUCGUAAGUCCUGUAAGUACCGUAGUUGUGCUGGAAGACAAUUCACACACACACGCAAUCUCAUUUUUGGCUGAGUGUGCGCUAAAGGUUGACACGUGCCUGGUGUUGCCUUGGCCUCAAGUACAUCUUGACCUCUUUGUCAAACACGGCAAAUAACGACAGUUUGUUAUUUUGACUGUGAAGGACCAAUAAAUGGUGUCAAAGGAGACACGACACCAGCAGAA